AUGAAUGCUAUGAUGAAUAUAGAAAAUUGUGACAUCAAGAUGGACUUCGAUGGCACCCGCACCACUUUAAUGGAAGCUACUAGUACGGGGCACGUGGAUACCGUAUCGUGUUUGAUUACUCACAGGAUCGAUGUUAAUACUCGAUCUGCAUCAUGUAACACACCUCUGAUAUAUGGGUGCGCCAGUGGAUACAAAGAAAUUGUACGUAUUUUAUUAGACUCAGGUGCUGAUGUUGAAGAUCACAAUGAAGAUGGUCAUACUUCUCUAAUGGAAGCAGCAAGCGCCGGACAUGUUGAUAUUGUUGUACGUAUCUUAAUAGACUUUGGAGCGAAUGUCGAGUUUUGCAAUGAGACCGGUUGUACACCUCUGAUAAAAGCAGCGAGCGCCGGGAAUGUAGACAUCGUGUCUUUGUUAAUUGCUCAUGGAGCCGAUGUUAAUGCUCGAUCUGCAUCGUGUAACACACCCCUCAUAUACGGAUGCGCUGGUGGACAUGAAGAAGUGGUACGUAUUUUAUUAGACUCAGGUGCUGAUGUUGAAGAUCACAAUGAAGACGGUCAUACUCCUCUAAUGGAAGCAGCAAGCGCCGGACAUGUAGAUAUUGUAUCUCUGCUGAUUAUUCACGGAGCUAAUAUUAAUACUCUGUCUACGUCAAAUAACACACCUCUCAUGUAUGGAUGCAUUAAUGGACAUGAAGAAGUUGUACAUAUCUUAUUAUGUAGGGGAGCUAAUUUUGAGGAUUACAAUGAAAAUGGUCGUACACCUUUAAUGGAAGCAGCAAGUACCGGGCAUGUAAAUAUCGUGUCGUUGCUGAUAGCUUACGGAGCUUAUAUUAAUGCCCAAUCCACAUCAAGUGACACACCUCUCAUAUACGGAUGCGCCGGUGGACAUGAAGAGGUUGUACGUAUCUUAAUAGACUUUGGAGCGAAUGUCGAGUUUUACAAUAAGAUCGGUUGUACACCUCUGAUAGAAGCAGCGAGUGCCGGGAAUGUAAACAUCGUGUCUUUGUUAAUUGCACAUGGAGCCGAUGUUAAUGCUCGAUCUGCAUCGUGUAACACACCCCUCAUAUACGGAUGCGCUGGUGGACAUGAAGAAGUGGUACGUAUUUUAUUAGACUCAGGUGCUGAUGUUGAAGAUCACAAUGAAGACGGUCAUACUCCUCUAAUGGAAGCAGCAAGCGCCGGACAUGUAGAUAUUGUAUCUCUGCUGAUUACUCACGGAGCUGAUAUUAAUACUCUGUCUACGUCAAAUAACACACCUCUCAUGUAUGGAUGCGUUAAUGGACACGAAGAAAUUGUACGUAUCUUAUUAGAUUGGGGAGCUAAUGUUGAGGAUUACAAUGAAAAUGGUCGUACACCUUUAAUGGAAGCAGCAAGUACUGGGCAUGUAAAUAUUGUGUCGUUGCUGAUAGCUCAUGGAGCUGAUAUUAAUGCUCAAUCUACAUCAAAUGACACAGCUCUCAUAUACGGAUGCGCCGGUGGACAUGAAGAGGUUGUACGUAUCUUAAUAGACUUUGGAGCAAAUGUCGAGUUUUGCAAUGAGAUCGGUUGUACACGUUUGAUAAAAGCAGCGAACGUCCUGAAUGUAGACAUUGUGUCUUUGUUAAUUGCUUAUGUUAAUGCUCGAUCUGCAUCGUGUAAGACACCCCUUAUAUACGGAUUCGCUGGUGGACACGGAGGAGUGGUAUGCGUCUUACUAGAUGUGGGCGCCGAUGUUGAGGAUCAUAAUGAGAACGGCCAGGGGCGUCGACUUAGAAUUGUGCCAAAUGUAGUGUUUGCGAAGAUAGAACAGCCGUACUAUUUAACAAAAUUGGAAGCAUCGUAG